AGAAGUUGAUAACCCUCUUGUGGACAAAAAUAAAUCCCUUCUAUUUAUUUCAUAAAGCUCGAUUUUCUAAAUUUUACUCAGAAAAUGUCAUAAAAUAUUGAAAAAUGAGCAGUUUUCUCGGGCGACUUCGCCGCAAAAAAGACAAAGAACAAAAUGGUCAUACUGCCACGUCAUCUGACGGAGCUUAUCAAAAUGGGAAUGCUCAUAGAGAUUCACUUGUAAAUGAUCAUAUUUGUAUUCCAGCACAGAGAAAUUCAUUAACAGUUGCUCAACAAUCAGCGGAUAUCGGUUCCGGGUCAGAUCACGAGGGAAUAAUAGUGAAGCAAAAGCCUCAAUUGGCAUUUUCCCUGGAUCGACUUCUCAUAGAUUCGUCAGCUUUGUCAUAUUUUAUCCAAUACCUUGACUCAACUGAUAAACUCAAUUUAAUCAAAUUUUGGAUGCACGUUGAAGGAUUCAAAUCAAGUUUUUCAGAACAAAUUCAGGCUGCACAAGAGUUAUCCCUUCGAGAUGCCAAAAGUAUUUAUGACAAAUAUAUUGAUGACGGUUCAACAAGUUCACUAGCCUUGCCACGGAAAAUAAAACAAAUUGUAGAUGACAAAUUAUCUGCGUCUCCACUACAAAAGUCUUGUUUUGAUGAAGCUCAGGAUUUUGUGAAAUCUCUAUUCGAAUAUCGAUAUUUUGAUGAAUUUCAGAAUAGUGUUUAUUAUAAGAAACACGAGUUGGAAGUACUUUCUGAUGGUUGUAGUCUGGCAGAUAUUCUGAAAGUUCAACCAUUGCUUCUAUCAUUUUUGGAAUUUAUAAAAGAGAAAGAAGAUCAUGAUACUAUUCAAUUUCUAUUAGGAUGUGAUAGUUUUGAGGCAAAUUUGGAUUUAAUGGAAGAUUCUGAAGCACUUGGAGAUGCAAUGGCACUUUAUGAAAAAUAUUUUUCAAUGCAAGCAACAAAUAUGAUUGAUUUGGGAUCAGCAAUUCGUGCAGAAAUGGAAUCUUUGAUUUGUGAAGAAUCUGGAAGACCGAAUCGAAAAGCUUUUCGAACUGCAAAGACUGCAUGCUUUUUUAGGCUUCAUGAUAAGUACUUGUCGGAUUUCCUGAAAACUUCGUACUAUCACAACUAUCUUGGAGAGCUUCAAUCAUUCAUCGACUUCACAGUGGAGUUGCCAAGGAAAGUUAGAAAUCGGGCGGCAAGCUCAUCUGAUGUGGCAUCGUCCACAGACUCCCUGACACACGCUUUCAGUCGACAUUUGGAAGUUCUUGAGAAAAAAAUGAAUGACAAGGACGAGUCCACUCAAACACCGACGGGAUCGCCGAGCUCAUCAAAACGGAGCACACCGAGGACACCAAGAAGUAGUAGAUUGGCGGAGGUGGAUGAAAUGGGAAGAUAUCAUGCAUUAUAUGAUGAUUCACAUUCACAGACACCCCAAAAGCCAAUGAGAAUAAAAUCCACCUUACGAAAGUACCUGGAUAAGAAUACACUCCGUGAGGAAGAGAUUGCCGAAGAAGUUGCUCGGACAAUUAUUCGAGAUAUGCAAGAAAUGGUUGCCUCUUCUGCAGAAUCUCCAACUUCACCCACUUUUCGAUACGGCUAAAUUUAUGUUUUUACUGUUUCCCCUAUUGUAUUUACAGUUCCAUCCAUUAUUGAUCUAUUCAUGUUCUGCAUUUCAAUUUAUAUUUUACCCCUCGCCCUGUUCAAGCAGCAGCUCAAAUCACUUUUGCAUAAUGAUUCUUUUGACACGCGGUUUUUUGCUCCUCCAUAAUUCCUUUAUUGGUCUUUUUUUCUAAAUAGGCAUAUUGUUGUUAAUUUAUUCGACAAACAAAAAUAAAUGAUAUAUAAAUUAUG